UGUAGCACCGAAGCAGCAGAAAACAACUCAACCGAUCUAUAAAUUAUCGUCAGCAGAGCUUCUACGUUCUUCUUCUACGUCGCAGCAGUUACAAUCAAUUUACCGAUGUCACCGUCAUUAUCCCGUCAGUAAUAAUGCAUCGAGUAAAAAAACCUCGCAGAAGGGUACGACCCUUUGAAAAAUAUUCCCUUCGCAGAAUCAGAGACGCAUGCGUACGCCGUUCCGUAAAUCUGUCAUCAGAUAUCUGCAAUCAGUAUCGGGCCAACUAUCGAGCACCAAGGAUGCAGGAAUCAAUCGAACAAUCCGAGAACGUGAACAGGAGUAUCCAGCUGAGUCGGUGGAUCUUGAAGCCGAUGGGUCUGUGGCCGAACUCGUCGGAGACCUCGUGUCUGGAGAAAUAUCUGUACCGGUUGAUAAACGUCGCCUGUUACUUGCUGAUCUUUUAUCUGAUAAUACCCUGCGGUCUGUACAUGCUUCUCGACAUGGAGAACCUGUACAAGGAGAUCAAACUGUUCGGCCCGAUGAUCUUCUGCGUGGCUGCGUUCGUCAAGUACCACUGGCUGAUACUCCACGGCGACGACAUUCGCGAAUGCAUGGAACACAUCAAGUGGGACUGGAAGAAUGUGGAAUACUUCAAGGAUAAAGACAUCAUGUCCGUCAACGCGAAUUUCGGGAAGAGAAUCGUGACUGUCUGCGCACUCUUCAUGUUCACCGCCUGCACCUUCUACUUUCUCAUCAUACCGCUGAAUCUGAGACGGAUUGCCACCGAUAACGUUUCCUUCAUCCCUGUCAUGUAUCCCUUUUCUAAGCACAUUGUAGACAUACGGUAUUCUCCCGUCAACGAGAUCGUCUUCUCCAUUCAGUUCGUUGCUGGGGUAUUGAUCAACGCUAUCACGGUUGGAAGUUGCAGUUUGGCGGCCGUGUUGGCGGUGCACGCUUGCGGGCAGAUGGAGGUUCUGAUGCGGUGGCUGGAACACCUGGUCGAUGGCAGGUCUGAUAUGAGCGAAAGUGUGGAUCAUAGGAUUGCCAAGGUCAUUAGCCAGCAUGUGAGGAUACUGAAAUUUUUAGCAUUGACAGAAAAAACUUUCAAACAGAUAUCUUUCGCCGAAUUUUUAGCAUGUGUAUUGAAUCUCUGCCUCGUUGGAUAUUAUAUUAUAACGGAAUGGAAUUCGAAGAAUAUAACGAUUACUGUAGGUUACGUGAUACUGUACACGUCACUUGCUUUCAAUAUUUUCAUAUUUUGUUAUAUAGGCGAGCUUGUGGCUGAACAGUGCAGAAACGUUGGCCAAAUGUCAUACAUGAUUGACUGGUACCGAUUACGAGGCAACAAGAAGCUGUUCUGUAUUUUGAUAAUGGCAAUGUCCAACUCCUCCAUCAAACUCACAGCUGGAAACAUGGUUGAACUCUCCAUUGGCACCUUUACAGACGUUGUGAAGACAUCAGUCGCGUUUCUAAACGUGUUGCGCAAAUUUUCGUGA